AUGGCCAUGGCGCGGAUGGAGUCGCUGCUGCAGGAGCUGCAGAAGCUGCUGCAGGAGCACCUGGAGGCUAGGGCCGCAGAGGCCAAUGCGCUUGCACGCUGCUGCAGCCACGCGGAGCAAUUCAUUGAGAGGAGGCCAAGUGAUGCGGAGCAGGGCCAGCAGGAUCAUGGCUUUGACGUGGAGAAAUGGCGCCAUUGGCGGCAGCUUCAGGCCCAGUGGUGGCAGCUCAAAGGCCAAGAGCCCGCUCUCAAGGAGGCUGCCAAGAAAGCCCGUGAUGCAUGGCGGCAGCAGCUGUUUGAGAGCAGCAGGAGCGCGUGCGCAGAGUCGGAUGCGAGUGACGUGCAGAAGGCGUGCGCGCUAGCGCGGCUGUGCAAAUUCGCUGCAGAGGAGGUGCUGCCAUCACCAGAGGCGUUCUUCACUUCCCGGGGUAUGUGGCCAGAGGGCGUGGAGGAGCAAGAGCAGUUGCUGCUGGAGCUGGACCGGUGGAUUGCGCGGCUGGUGCAGGACGCUGAGGCUGCGGCCCCGGAUGUGGCCAGGGCGCAAGAGGCCGUGCGCCGCUUUCAGCAGGCGCAGCCGGAGCCGCCGGAGCCGGAGGUCGCGGAGCCGAGCCCGGAGCGCGCGCCGCACCCCUUGGCGCUGUUGCAGCUGCCGGGGGGAGAGGAUGCUGCCAGAUCAGUGCUCUUGGCACAACACCGCGCGCGGCAGAUGGAGCUGGAAGCGCAGGUGAUGCGCAUUUGCUGUGAGGGGCGGCCCAAUCUGCUUGAUGAGGUGCAAGAAGUGCUCAACCAGGCGAGCUGCGAGGAAGACACGCUGAAGGCAUUGGAAGUAUUGCGUAUGGUGGAGUACCUGUGCUCCGGCCGCCGCACCAUGAUGAGCGUUUGGCCUUUGCCAAGCGAGUCUGUGGAAGUUGAGAAAUGGCGCGAGGGCAGGGACCUCAUGAGGUUGGGUGGUGUAGAUGCCUGGGACGUGAAUUGA